ACGGCAUUCAGUCUUCGUCGCGACUCCGUUUCGUUUGGACAUUAGCUCGAAGGACGCAGUGAAUAUUUCGGUAUACAUAUACAUAUAUAUAUAUAUAUAUACAUAUAUAUAUAUGUAUACGUAUAUACGUAUAGUAAUAAUAUCGUGUGUUUCCUCCUCAAACGUCCGUUAGUUAGAUCUUGUUAUAGAAAUAUAAUUGCGUCGUGGAAUUUCGUCGUGCCAUUGUUAAAUAUUAGAGGCACGACGAAUAAGAAGAUAUAAAAAAAAAAAAAUAAAAAAAAAAAAAAGAAGAAAAAAAAUAGGCAAAAGAAAGGAGAAGGUGAGAGAGAAAGAAAAAAAAAGAGAGAGAGAGAGAGAGAGAAAGAGGGAGCAUAUAUCGAGCUAAUAGAGAGAAGAGAAAGGAAAGGCGGAAGGAUUAUAUAUAUAUACAUAUAUAUAUAUAUAUAUAUAUAUUCGGGCAACAUGGCCACCGCGAUCGACGACCGACAGGAACUCCUCGAACAAUUUCAAGCUAUCGAUGCAAAUGGCGAUGGAUUUAUCGAUCUGGCUGAACUACGAAAUGCAUUGGACGUUUGCGGAUUUAAAAUGCCCGGCUAUAAAGUGCGACAAAUGAUCGAGGAGUAUGACGACAAACAGAGACUACAACACAAGGGCCGGCUGUCCUUCGACGAGUUCGAGAAACUCUGUAAGGAGCUUAAGGCCAACGAACUUGGGUCCACUUUCAAGCACGUUGUCUCGAAAAAGGAGAAUCUUGAAACGUUGGGAGGAAUUUCGGAAGCGUCAAGCGUUGGUACGACUCAUUCCGUUAGACUCGAGGAACAACUUGCCUUCAGUGAUUGGAUCAAUACUAAUCUUGCACACGAUCCCGAUUUGAAACAUUUGUUACCUAUCGAUUCUGAGGGCAAGACUCUUUAUGACAAGGUCAAAGAUGGUAUACUUCUUUGUAAAAUCAUCAAUCAUUCUUGUCCGGAUACCAUAGACGAAAGAACCAUCAACAAGAAGAGUCUGACAUUGUAUAAGAAGCAUGAAAAUUUGACGCUUGCAUUAUCAUCGGCACAAUCUAUUGGUUGCAAUAUCAUCAAUAUUGAUGCUCAUGAUCUUACCAAAGGAUCACCUCACUUGGUUUUAGGUCUCUUAUGGCAAAUUAUUAGAAUCGGUCUAUUCAAUCAAAUUACUUUAGAGAAUUGUCCUGGUUUGGCGACGUUAUUACAAGAUGGUGAACGUAUUGAAGAUCUUCUAAAACUUUCUCCCGAGUCUAUACUAUUGAGAUGGGUUAAUCAUCAUUUAGAAAAUGCUGGUAUCGCUAGAAGAUGCAAUAACUUCCAAUCAGACAUCACGGAUUCUGAAAUUUAUACUUACUUGAUUAAACAAAUUGCACCUAAUACUGCUGGCGUCACCGUCGAAGCUUUAAUGGAACCAAAUCAUUUGUCACGAGCUGAAAUCAUGCUUCAACAAGCUGCAAAAUUAGGUUGUCGCAGUUUUGUUACACCCAGUGAUGUCGUCAAUGGUAUUUAUAAACUCAAUCUGGCAUUCGUCGCAAACAUGUUUAACAAUUAUCCUGGCCUGGAUAAGCCUGAGAACAACAUCGAAGGAUUGGAAUCAUUAGAAGAGACUCGGGAAGAGAAAACAUAUAGAAAUUGGAUGAAUUCUAUGGGUGUGGUACCUCACGUCAAUUGGCUUUAUUCCGAUCUUGCCGAUGGAUUAGUAAUCUUUCAAUUAUAUGACAUCAUAAAACCCGGUACAGUAAAUUGGCACAAAGUUCAUAAAAAGUUUACCAAGUUAAGAAAAUUCAUGGAGAAAUUAGAGAACUGCAAUUACGUGGUUGAACUUGGAAAACAGAUGAACUUUUCAUUGGUCGGUAUAGCAGGACAGGAUAUUAAUGAUGGGAACGCGACCUUGACAUUGGCUCUCAUCUGGCAAUUGAUGAGGUCUUAUACUUUGUCAAUUUUGACGUCAUUGACUGGUACGCAGGGCAGUACCCUGGUCGAAAAAGAGAUCGUACAAUGGGUUAAUUCUAAAUUGCAAGGAGCAGGGAAGAGUAGUAGUAUCAAAAGUUUUCAGGAUUAUGCGAUAUCGGAUGGUAAAGUAGUGAUCGAUUUGAUCGACGCUAUCAAACCCGGGUCUGUUAAUUAUGAUCUCGUUAAGGAGGGUGGUACAGAGGAAGAAAACCUUGACAACGCCAAAUAUGCGAUAUCCUUGGCACGAAAAUGUGGUGCUCGGGUUUAUGCGUUACCAGAAGACAUAACCGAGGUAAAACCGAAGAUGGUGAUGACCGUGUUCGCCUGUUUGAUGGCGAUGGACUACAUCCCCAAUAUGGAUUCAGUAAAGCAGCAAAAUAACGUGAAUAACAGUCAAUAAUGUCGAGCCAUAUUUUUACCGUCGUGCCGUUACUUUCCUACGCGAGAACUUUUGAUAGAGCAUUACAUUUCCUCGUGCUCUAUGUCUCUUCCAACAACGUAAUAAUAAUAAUAAUAAUUAUAAUAAUAAUAAUAAUAAUAAUAAUAAUAAUAAUAAUAAUAAUAAUAAUAAUAAUAAUAAUAAAUAAUAAUAAUAAUAAAUAAUAAUAAUAAUAUUAAUAUUAAUAAUAAUGAUAAUAAUUAUUAUUAUUAUUAUAUAAUAAUAAUAAUUGUAUAUACGUAGGUUAGGAUAGCUUCUUUUUCACGAUUCGUUAGGAUCAAACUUGAGAAUAGAAAAUGGCGGGACAGAAAGAGAAAAUAGAUGUUCGUACUGUUAUGUAUGUGUGUGUGUGUGCGCGCGCGUGUGUGUAUAUGCAUGUCCCUUUUUAUAUAAUGCCAGGAGAAUCAAAAAAAAAAAAAAAAAAAUAAAUAAAUAUUUGCUGUGUUAUUAUACUUAUUAGAUACUUAUGAAAUGAUAGAAACGAUUCUCCUCAUCGGUAACUCUCUUCAUUGGAUAUUCAUUGGAUUUCUCGGUAUAUUUUUUUAAUCGUUAAAUCAUGUCCUUCAUCUUUGCGUCGCUCCAAAUCUAAAUCAUUUAAAUAAGAGAAAAAUUGUAAACUGUGAUCGAACUGUUAUGUGCUUAAGUUAUGUUCAAACUUAAAAUGAUAAGAGCUCUUGACUCAUCUUUUUUUUUUUUUUUUGGUGCACUUCAUCGAAGUGCGAUGGAACGAAAGUAGUUAUACCAAUCGAAAAAUAUUUUCAAAAAUUAAUUAAUCUCAUUGCUCAACGUUAAAUUAUAAUUUUUAUUAUCAUCAUUUGUGUGGAGUGCUUUGAUGAUGGAUAGCAUGCUAGAUAUAUACGUGUGUAUAUAUAUAUAUAUAUAUGUAUAUAUACUUAUAUAUAUAUAUGUACACACACAGGUACGCGUUUAUAUAUAUAUAUAUAUAUAUAUAUAUAUAAAAGGACUGUCCUUAGCUUACAGCUACAUUGUUUUACAAUUUUGCAAUCAUGUUAAUGUCAAUCAAAAGGUUUAUAGAAAAUAACCUUUCUAGUAUAGGAUAUAAAAAAAAAUCGAUAAACGAUGUUUAUGCAAGAUUUUUUACACGUAUGCUCUUUCAAGAAUGUAAUACAACAUUCCAAAUUUUUUCUAGAAUUUUUUCUAGAAUUUUUUCAGAAGCAUUUUAUGAAGCCGCCCUCCGAAGUAAAAUGUGUUUCAUAGUAAACAUUUUGUAACUUUUUUCAAUAAUGAUAUUACAAAACGAUAAAGAAGAAAGCGGUACAUAAUUUGUAAUCAUGUUUUUCUACGAUUUUCUAAUGCGAUAUAAUUUGAUAAGAUUUAGUGACAGAAUGUCUUUCUUUUUUUUUUCUUUUUUCUUUUUUUUUUUUUUACGAUUUCUAUCAAAUAGAUUCGUACGAUGUCGAAUGAUAAAACAAAAAAAAAAUAAAUAAAAAAAUAAAAAAAAAAGAAUAAAAAGAAAAAGAAGGAAAAAAAAUUAGAGCAUUACGAAUAAGGAUAAAAGAGAAAAAUGUCUACCGAUAGAUUAGAAUCAACGAUGCUCACCAAAGCUAUGAUCUUUUUUUUUUUUUUUUUUUCACGCGUAUCUGUAAACGUAUCUAAUUUUUUUGAGCUUAAUUAAGAAGUUCUAAGAAGAACGAGCUCCCCAUAAAAAAAAAAAAAAAUUAGAUUUAUCGUGCGCCAAUGCGAUUAGAUUUUUAUAUGAUUUAAGAGAAAAUCAAUAAAAUUGUGCCACUGAUCGUAUGAAAUCGAAAGGAAAGUAGAAAAUGAAAGGGGCACGCUUUUGAAAAUUUUCAUCGAAUUUCAAUUGUCCUCUUAAAAAGUGCAAUAAAUAUAUGUGCAUAUCCAUCUGUAGCUAACUUAAGGAAAAGAAAAAAAUAAACAAAGGGUUUUUUUUUUUUUUUUUUUUUUUUUUUUAUACAAAUAUAUUUCAAACAAUCGUCGAAUCAUAUCAAAAAUAAAAGCGAAAAUAAAAGUAAAAAAUAAAAAACGAAAUACGUAAAUCUUUUAACGUGGAUCUGUCGAAGACAAUUAUCCUAAUAUUUUAUAAAAAAAAAAAAAAAAAAAAAAAAAAGAAGAAAAAAAGAAAGAAAAGAAAGGAAAGAAGUAUCGUUAAACUAACAAAAGGAAAUCGACGAAAUAAACUUAAAUAGCACAUGCAUAUUAGACUUCAAAAAUAAAUAGCAAUUUAUAAUUAAUUUGCAGAAAACAAAAAAAAAAGCACGUGUGUGAAAUUUUGAAGAAUUUCCUAUUUGAAUAAAAUAAUGAUUAAGAUUUAUGGUUGGUAAUGUAAGAAAAUAAAAAUAUAUAAUAAUCAUUCGAAUAGAUCAGUUUUCAUGAUCAUGCAAAAAAGAAAAAAAAAGAAAAAGUAAAAGAAAACAUUGCGCAUACGAAAUAUACCAUAAGAGGUGUACGACGUAAACUCAUAAAAUUAUUAACUUGUAUAUUCGUCAUGGAAAUAAACAAAAAAAUGUCCUCAA